GUCGGAGAAGCUGUGAAUCCAGAUGCAUCAGGCCCGAUGCACGCACCUCGAGCAUGUCCUGAUCCUGCUCGUUAGGCUGCGCUUGUCGGGCUGUGCUGCCUCGCUCUCGGACCCGCUGCGCCACCGUGCUCGCAACGCGGGUCAGCGCUCAACUCGGGGGUCAAUGGUGAGUCUGCGUACCUUUUGGCGAGCUGACUUGCCCUCGGGCUGGUUUCCAGCACCGAGUACCGGGUCCCUGCCGCUCUCGGGACUCUCGCCGCUCUCGGGCUCUCGCUCUCGGUCUCUCGGCUGCUCGCUCGCUCCGUGUGACUCGGUGUUGCCCUUGUGCAACCAAGGUGUUGUUGCUGCCAAUCUCGCCUUUGCUUGCUUCGGCAGUUGCUGACAGUACCAACAGGUUCAAGAGCUAAUAGAGACAUCGAGACGAAGCGGAGGCAUCCAGAGCAAGCGGAGACGUAGGGAGGAAGCAUAGAUAGAAGCAAGAGGUAGAGGAUAAAGCUGUAGAGUUAGAAGAUGAAGCCAGGAGGUGUGACCAGGUGCACGAGGCAAUCGUGAUCGCCGCUGUGGCGUGCGAAGGGGCUGGACCCUGAUCACGAAGCCAUCAAUGCCUCAUGUUGACGACCUUACCAGAUUACCUCUUUGGGCAUUCACCUCCGUGCGGAGCUCGCAAGAAUUACCUGCCGCGGGCGGGUAAACUCGAGGAGCGAGUCGAAGCUCGAGAUGUGAGAUGAGAUGGGAAUUUCAGAAGAAGCACAGAGUACAGGCUCAGAGCAUAGGAUACAGUGACGAGAGGAACAUAGUGGGAGUACAAAACGCGUGAUAUAGGCUCGG